AUGCAGAUUGACGACAGAGACAAUGCUAUGGGAGCGAGUGGCAACCACUGGAAUUCCACAGCCAAACAUACACUUACUUGGACAAAAUUGGUGACCAAUGGUGAGCUUUUGCCACCUAGAGCUGGGCAUACAAACAUUGCAUUAGGCAAGAAUUUGUUUGUGUUUGGAGGUUUUACUGAUGCUGAAGAUCUGUAUAAUGACUUAUACAUGUUUGAUCUUGAAACUUUUACAUGGACUAAAGUUAUGACAAUAGGAGAAGGGCCUUCUGCAAGAUUUUCAAUGGCUGGAAGCACUUUACAUCCACAACAUGGAGGUGCUCUUAUAUUCAUAGGUGGAUGCAAUAAGAAACUUGAAGCACUUGAUGACAUGUUCUACCGAUUCACAGGGAUUGUAACUGAAAACGGAAGUGAUGAAAGAAAUGUGGAGAAGUUAUCUUUGAGAAAACAGUUGAUAUUGAAAAGUCAAGAACAUCAAGGAGGGGUAAAAUCGUCUUUAGAAGUUAACAAAUUGAAUCCAUCAACAGCAGCUGAAGACACUGCCAAUUCAAUUCCAAAUCCAAACCUUGGUCAUGAUGGUGAAUCUCAGCCCUUGACUGGUGAAGAACAUGGUCAACAAGUAUGA